GCCUAGUUCAGCCGUGCAGGAUCUUAAAUGAGAUUCGAGAUGGUAUCGGUGAAGCUCGUGAGACGUUUGAAGGCGAACCUAUUGGCUAUAAUGGUACACAUGUUUUAUCAGUGAAGCUGGUGAGACGUUUGAAGGUAAACCUAUUGGCUAUAAUGGUACACAGGUUUUAUCAGUGAAGCUGGUGAGACGUUUGAAGGUAAACCUAUUGGCUAUAAUGGUACACAGGUUUUAUCAGUGAAGCUGGUGAGACGUUUGAAGGUAAACCUAUUGGUUAUAAUGGUACACAUUUUAUCAGUGAAGCUGGGGAGACGUUUGAAGGUAAACCUAUUGGUUAUAAUGGUACAGAUAUCUUAUCAGUGAAGCUGGUGAGAAGUUUGAAGGUAAACCUAUUGGUUAUAAUGGUACACAUUUUAUCAGUGAAGCUUGGGAGACGUUUGGAGGUAAACCUAUUGGUUAUAAUGGUACACAUUUUAUCAGUGAAGCUGGGGAGACGUUUGAAGGUAAACCUAUUGGUUAUAAUGGUACACAUUUUAUCAGUGAAGCUGGGGAGACGUUUGAAGGUAAACAUAUUGGUUAUAAUGGUACACAUUUUAUCAGUGAAGCUGGGGAGACGUUUGAAGGUAAACCUAUUGGUUAUAAUGGUACACAUUUUAUCAGUGAAGCUGGGGAGACGUUUUAAAGUAAACCUAUUGGUUAUAAUGGUACACAUUUUAUCAGUGAAGCUGGGGAGACGUUUGAAGGUAAACCUAUUGGUUAUAAUGGUACACAUUUCAUCAGUGAAGCUGGGGAGACGUUUGAUGGUGAAUUUAUUGGCUAUAAUAGUACAAAUGUUUUAUCAGUGAAGUUGGGGAGACGUUUGAAGACGAACCUAUUGGUUACAACGGUACACAUAUUAUUUCAUAGAGCGCUUCCAAUUUGACAUCCACCAGAGAACUGUACGAAACUAUUUCCCAGGUUUAAAAAUGACUCGAUCGCACAUUUUGUUGCUCCAAACAACCAACCGAUUCUUACGUCUGUAUGUUGACAUUUGUCUGCUCACGACCUGAAGGCCGCUUUUAGAUGGACUUGUCCUCUUUGACAUUAGCCUAUUCAUCUUUGAGACAUUCUAGUCAUCUUUGAGAUAAUCAAGUCAUCUGUGAGAUAGUUAAGUCAUCUGUGAGAUAGUUAAGUCAUCUGUGAGAUAGUUAAGUCAUCUGUAAGAUAGUUAAGUCAUCUGUCAGAUAGUUAAGUCAUCUGUCAGAUAGUUAAGUCAUCUGUGAGAUAGUUAAGUCAUAUGUGAGAUAGUUAAGUCAUCUGUGAGAUAGUUAAGUCAUCUAUGAGAUAGUUAAGUCAUCUGUGAGAUAGUUAAGUCAUCUGUGAAAUAGUUAAGUCAUCUGUGAGAUAGUUAAGUCAUCUGUCAGAUAGUUAAGUCAUAUGUCAGAUAGUUAAGUCAUCUGUCAGAUAGUUAAGUCAUCUGUCAGAUAGUUAAGUCAUCUAGAUUCUAGAAUACGGCGAGUUCAAUGAAAAUUAUUUUGUAGUUGCUGAAAAAAAUGAAAAUAAUGGAAGGGGCCGACCAUAAAGUAGGUCACACUAUUUUUUUUUUUUUUUGGAUCAAUUGUUUCCCCUCCUACCCCCUCUCACAAGUGUGUCGAAAUUCUAAGACACCCUCCUACCAAACUACAUCACAAUUUUCGAACUAAAUAAAAUAUUAAAAUAUUAAAAACGUAUAACAUUUAAUCUAAAACACACUUCACUAGUAAACUAUUCUUUUGAUAAAAAGUGACAUCUACUGUUAGAAUACAUCCACCACAACUGAAAAUCGAUAUAAUGUUUGACAUUAGUAAAAAAAAUAAAUAAUAAUUACGUACAAAAUAAAAUGUAACCUUUGGGUUUCGAACGACCCUUACUUAGGGGUCGCCUAAGACCAUCGUAAAACACAUAUUUAUGAAGUAGCGACGAACAUAAUUUAAUGAUUUUGGGGUCACCACACCAUGAAGAACUGUUUUAAAGGGUCACGGCAUUAGUGAGGCUGAGAACCACUGCACUAACUGGUUCCAAUUUAUAAAUAAAUGUAUUAAAAGAAUGAACAUACUGUUUCCCUUGUUGCAGACUCGAUCCAGGACUCACCAUGUCUAAUGAAAUCCGAUUGGCCGCCUGUCUCACGGCCAUACUUCUGGUGGCGACAUCUAUAGUCAUGACGUCAUCCGAGAUCUUCACCUCCUCCUUGAAGGUAGAGAGGAUGAUAAUGGAGGAAGAGAAGCUCCUGCAGGAGUUCAAACGUUACAUCGACUACCAGUACGACAGACUGAAGAUGUUCUCAAAGUAAGUACGCCCACCUCGGACCCGGCACCCCUUCAACAAUGUCAGUGGCGGAUUGAUGUUGAGCGGAGGGGAGCAUGAGCGCCCCAAUUUUAUGUUUCUUACAUGGGAGGGGCUCAGUCUUUCUAUCAUGGCGGGGAAAUUUAGUUUAGUUAAUAAGUAAUUCAUUAAAAUACUAGAGGACUCACAUAUUUAAUUACCUUAACAUGGUCUUAACAUUGUCUUGACAUGGCUUAACAUGAUCUAACAUUGUCCUAACAUUGUCUCAACAUUGUCUUAACAUUGUCUCAACAUUGUCAUAACACUGUCUUAACAUUGCCAUAACAUUGUCUUAACACUGACAGGCAGUUUCAUAAGUACUCAUUAGUUUUUAAGUUCAUUCAUUGUUUUGUUGCUUAAGACAUUUUAUCCUCUGAAAAGUCAGUCUAUAAAUUUUCAGGCGCGGUAGUAAGUCAGCUUAAUACUUCUUCAUACGUUCUUGGCCCCGGGGGGGGGGGAUAGCUGGUAUAAUAGUCCAUUCCCGAGAUAAUUUUUUGGGUGGAGAUAAGUAUCGAGUUAAGAUAAGCGUGGAAAUAGACUUGCUAAAUAGGAAAACGAAAUAAAUGUCUGAACCUAUUUUCUUCUCCAGUUAAAACUCCCCCUUGUCCAUUUCGUUUCUGAGAGGUCUUACUUUCGUUAUGACAUCCUCUGAAUUUUCAUAGUGCUUCUGUUGAUAUGCGAGGGAUGAGAGUCAAAACUGAGCUUCGAAUUAUUGCACACACACACACACACACACAGACACACACAUAGACACACACACACAGACACACACACAUACACACACAGACACACACACACAUACACACACAGACACACACACACACAGACACACACACACACAUACACGUGUAAGUGAGCGAAUAACACAAAGACAUUAAAAGAGGUGCGUUCUACAAUGAUCACGCCCUCUUUGUAUCGCUUCAUAGUCUGUAAAAAUUGAGGAGGAAGUAGUGUCCGAGCCAUACCUCCUCCACCCCGUUCACCCUAGUGUCAGGCUUAUCGCCUGAUCCGUGAGGUGAGGUAGUCAGACAAAAGGGCCACAUCACUGUGUGAUACAGAGUGCUACAUUGUGAUAACUUAGACCAUAACCCAUACAAUUUUUACAAACAUUCCCCCCCCCCCCCCCAAUUUAAAUCUAAAUGUUGAAGAGGAAAAAUUCCUAUAUAUUCCGUAUAUCUGUCAGCUUCUAUGCAGAUCGGUUGCGUGACGUUAGGAUGCGGGCCAACCCGGAAAUUGUCAAUGACCUUCAACAUCCCAACGCUGUGUACAACGUUAUCAAACGGUUUGCUUCAGACUACGCCAACGUACUGGGGGAAAACUACGGUAAUUAGUUUUUUUGUUUUUUUGUUUUUUUGUUAUCACUUAUUUGUUCAAAUUUCAUCCAAAAAUAUAUAAUUCGACAGAAUUAGGGCAAACAACAAGACCAAUGGUAGUAAUCAAUGGUUGAAAUCAUGCCUGUACAAUUGACAGUAAAAUUUUGGAAUUUUUUUUGUAUUUAAAAAAAAAAAUUGUUUGAUUUUAUUUUUGUUUUGUUUUUGGUUGAAGUUUUGAAAUAAAAAAAAUAAUUGUUACGUUGUCAGCAGUUACAAUUAAUUAUCCGAGUUGCAGUUUUUAUCUGUAAACUUACAAACUAAAUCAAUCAAAGAUCAUCAAAGUUUGGAUUUAAAUAAUUCGAUAGCCUUACUUGUGAUAAAAAGUCUGCCAUAACGGACAAAGCUCACGUAAUGGCUGUGAAACUAUUUACCUGCAAUUUCUUUUUUUUGUUUUCGUUUUCAGAGAGCUUCCGUCAGGUGGUUCAAAGCUCAUUCGGGCAGUUCCUGGCAGACGUCAACGACGUUCGUGGGGCAAGGCUGUCCCUGCUGAGAUUACAGGUAAUAAAAAGUUGAGGUGUUCAAUCGGAUGUCAGUGCAGGGGCGUAGACAUGGUAUGGAUAUUUAUACUUGUGUCCCAAUCUUUUGUUUUACUUUUUGGUACUUGUUUGUUACAAUGGGAAAUUUUUAGUGUGAAAUUUUUCUAAUUGCUUUAAGCUCGGCAAGGUAGAUUUCAUCUUAGAGUAAACGUUUCUUUCACAACUACAUUUGUAUAUGGGUCGUGUGUUGAAAUUAACGUAAUGUUUUGUAAAUCUUAUAAACUUAGUUUGAGUGUAGUAGACCGAUUGAGUACAGGCAUGAGAAAAAUAGAUGAAGUUUUGUAUAAAAAUGGUACCUCGACGUAUGGCAUCAACGAAUGACUUGAUCGGUGAUGUUAAAAUGUACAAGUUUGUGAUUACCAACCCCCCCCCCCCAAAAAAAAAAAAAAAAAAAAAAAAAAAAAAAAACCAUCUUNUUCCCUCCUCAAAAGUCCCUUUCUCAUAAGUUCCCUCCUCAAAAGUCCCUUUCUCAUAAGUUCCCUCCUCAAAAGUCCCUUUCUCAUAAGUUCCCUCCUCAAAAGUCCCUUUCUCAUAAGUUCCCUCCUCAAAAGUCCCUUUCUCAUAAGUUCCCUCCUCAAAAGUCCCUUUCUCAUAAGUUCCCUCCUCAAAAGUCCCUUUCUCAUAAGUUCCCUCCUCAAAAGUCCCUUUCUCAUAAGUUCCCUCCUCAAAAGUCCCUUUCUCAUAAGUUCCCUCCUCAAAAGUCCCUUUCUCAUAAGUUCCCUCCUCAAAAGUCCCUUUCUCAUAAGUUCCCUCCUCAAAAGUCCCUUUCUCAUAAGUUCCCUCCUCAAAAGUCCCUUUCUCAUAAGUUCCCUCCUCAAAAGUCCCUUUCUCAUAAGUUCCCUCCUCAAAAGUCCCUUUCUCAUAAGUUCCCUCCUCAAAAGUCCCUUUCUCAUAAGUUCCCUCCUCAAAAGUCCCUUUCUCAUAAGUUCCUUUCUCAAAAGUCCCUUUCUCAUAAGUUCCCUCCUCAAAAGUCAAAAGUUCCUUUCUCAUAAGUUCCCUCCUCAAAAGUCGCCUCCACAAAAGUCCCCUCCUAUACUACAAAGUCCCUUCUACAACAGUGCCUCCUCAAAAGUUCCACUUGAAAACAAUUAAUUUGAGUACAGCAUUUCUCCUUGUUUCCCCAUGUCUCAGAGCGUAUACAACAUGAAAGCCUUGGACAUGGCAAGGGGAGAUUAUUUAGGCUUUCAAGGGCCACCACUAGCUCCCCUUGACGCGUUUGAGAUUGGACAAACUGCUUUUACAGGUAUGUGCUACAUGCUAAGCUGCGGGUCAAGAAUGUCACGUUCCUACAAUUGGAAGACAUUUUUAAACAAAAUAUUUUAAAAAAUUAUUUAAAAAAAAACAACCAAAAAUCCUACCGAGUAUUGAUCAUGGAUCAAAGUUGUUUGAAUGGAUUAUACCAGUACUUCUCUAUGGAUUAUCAAAAUGAACGAAGCAUUUAGCUUCUUGAUCGUUCUUCGACAAUCAAAAACAAUCUGACAAUCUUUUAUACAAACGUUAUUAAAAAGCUCAAGUGUGUUUUUGUCAUUUACAGUACAUUUGUAAAACAUUUAAUAUGCACCCAUUUCGAAAUUGCAAUACGAUAAGACUGCUUUGGUAAGUCAACCGUAACAUUACAAACAACCGAAGCAGAUAAACGAAAUGCGCUAUUCCACCCAAGAUCUCUGUCUAAUGUUUCAACAGAGGGAAAGCUCAACCUCAGCAUUGAUUGGCUGAAUGCGUCCUUGGCCCUUUUUGCCAGCACAGAACUGCAGCAUCUGGUGAACCCGGUUUACAGGCCCACUGAUGGCGGAAUUAAAGCCCUAAUGGGGCGUGCGUAUUUGUUUGUGAGUAAAUAGCUUUACAGCUUAGGAUAAUUUUAUGAGAUGUUGAGAUAUGUCUAGGUUGAAUCCCGUACUGCAGGAGAUCCGGCUUUAAGCCAACGUUAUAGACCAGGCUGUUAAGCAACAAAAAAAAAAAAAAAAAAAAAAAAAAAUUGAGAUAUGUCUAGGUUGAAUCCCGUACUGCAGGAGAUCCGGCUUUAAGCCAACGUUAUAGACCAGGCUGUUAAGAAACAAAAAAAAAAAAAAAAAAGAAAAGAUGUAUGGUAGCUUGGAUCAAAUAUUCAACACCACGUAACAAACAACAUUUCUUCAGAGAGUCAAACAGGCGAUGGGCUAAAGCUAAACCCUAAACACAUUGUUAGAAGAUAUAUUAUGCUAACCAAGCUCACAGUUGGUUGUAUCAUUUCUGAAAAGCAUAAAUAUUGGAUAACUACCAGGCUAGUAACAUAAAAGUCACUGCAAACGUCCACUGAGUUUGUCUGCAACGUCUUUGGUUCAAGCUAAGGGAUUCAACCCUUGAAGAAAAAACAAAUCUGGAUCUGCAGUCACGAAAAAUGGGGGGGGGGGGGGGGGGGGGGGGCUGACAUUUUGAACUCAGUAUAGGCCUAGUUCCGACAAAUCCUGGGAAACUGAUGGUUCCAUCAAAUCGCCGAUUUGAUGUUCCGUUGGGUCCAUCAGAGACGUGGUUUAAAAAAAAAAUGAGUUGGAGUGGUGGUCCCUGAAUGGGUCACACUUGCCUGUAAUUACGCUGGAUAAAUUUCCAAUGAGAUUUGCGCCAUGGUGCUUUGAAGAGGGACGGACUCCAAGGAACAAUCAUGGACGUAAAAGGAAUCAGUUUUUUUUUUUUAAAGAUAUUAAUUAUUUUUACUACUAGUUUUGGCGACGUGAACACGCCACACCUGUCGAGUGCGGUAAGAGGUGCAUACUCUAUGAUAAUAAUAACUACAGAUGGCGCUCCAUAAAUACCCCAAUGCUUUGUUGUGCUGACUCGAUGUAGAGUGGGUGGCGACAGGUACUGAUCUUAUUUACGAUGGCUUGUAAGUUGGCUAUGAGCGUAGGAAAUCAAUUACCACCAGACGCUGUGAAUAUCCCUUGGCUGCUCAAAACUCUUUCAAUCAGCGUACGAAAUGAACACCGUAAGUCACUAACCAGUCAGAGCUCAGAGCAGCCUAAAAAGCCUAAGUCAUUAAGCGUACGAAAUGUAGAGCCGCUAGAGGUCGCUUUUCGAGCUCUUAACUUAUUAAUAAAGCAAAAGCACUUAAUUUUUUGCUGCCACAUUUCAAGGGAAUUAAUAUCAUUCAACCCCUUUUACAAUAUUUUCACUCCUCAACUCCCUUGGGGUGGUCACGAUCCACUCUAGGAUUAUUAUUAUUAUUGAUGGUGGCAACGAUGUGGUUAUCACUCGAUUUACCAUCGAUUUUAUAAAAUGCCCCUGCCAAUGAGUGCCCUGUUUAAUGCCGAUAAGUAAUAUAAAAAAGCGCCCAUAUUUCUAUUACUGGUGAUGCGAAUGAUCUAAAACUGAAAAGUUCAGAAAUGUUCAGCAAACAUUUAGUUUGACCAUCUCAAUUUCCCUCCACAGAAUGGUCAAGUCCACGAGGCAGAAGCACUUUACGACGAGGCGAAACUACUGGGUACGACCACAGUAUAGACCAUGUGAUGUUAGAUAGUCAUUAGCUUAACGUGUGUGUGUGUGUGGGGGGGGGGAUUGUUCUUAGGCCGUGUAAACCAACCUCCGUUACACGCGUUUUCCUUACCAACCUUGUAUUGCAAAGGUCACGAAUAUAUUCGACUGAUGACGAAGUGAAGCAUGGACUCCUUUGUCCAGCCAGUGACGUCACGCACCUGACGAAAGUUUGUGACAAUAAGUUAACUCUGAAAUAUGUCCUAAAUUCAUCCGGUGUUUUUACGUACGGCUUCCUUGACUUAUCAAGUUGAUCUCCCCUCGAGCGUGAAGAUGCAGUUGGAGAUGAGAUGUAGGGAGCUAAAAGGUACAAUCUCACGCACGGUUCGUGUCGAUGUGGGAAGAGCAUGCUUAAGCUAUACACCAACGACAAUCCUCAAGUCUACACCCAGCCGGUUAAAUAGUUGGUCAAACCUUCCUCUGGCCAACACCCAGCCGGUUAAAUAGUUGGUCAAACCUUCCUCUGGCCAACACCCAGCCAGUUAAAUAGUUGGUCAAACCUUCCUCUGGCCAACACCCAGCCGGUUAAAUAGUUGGCCAAACCUUCCUCUGGCCAACACCCAGCCGGCUAAAUAGUUGGCCAAACCUUCCUCUUGCCAACACCCAGCCGGCUAAAUAGUUGGCCAAACCUUCCUCAUGCUGUGUACUUUAGAUACACGUUGAGUCACAGGUUAAUCCCAUGGUUCCGAAACUUUCGAGGUUCGACGCCUUUGCUGAAUUCGGCUUAUCCUAAGAGGCCCUUUUAUGCUAAAUUUUAACAAUUAGGCUAAUUUUAGGCCAAUAUUGGGCCAAUUUUAGGCCAAUUUAAAAAAUGUAUUUAAUCUGUAUCGUUAAAUCAAUAAAACGACUAUUUAAGAUAACGGUAUUUCUAAUUGCAAAAUUGUCGAGGCUUCUGCAAACAGUUAAAACUUUUGAAGUGGGUUAUAGUUUGUUUUUACCAGUUCCACUAGAUGUCACGUCCCAUCACAAUCAAUUGAAUAUGGCAAGGAAAUGACAAUUGUAUAACAUUUCAAGCUCUCUCUCUCUCUCUCUCCACACUCCCCACCAACUGUGAGACAAUCGUCGCACACACUUUAGGAACCACUGCGUUAGCCCCAAAGGCGAAUCUAGCAGGCAAAUUCCUUGCAAUACCCCCAUCUAUUUUCGGAGACCAUUGAUAUGUGCAGAAUAGUUUAUCAUUAUGUUAUUAAUAUAUUAAUUAUUCAUUUUUCUUAAUGCAUCCAGAGAUAGGGCAACAUAGUGGUCCACAUAGUGAUCAACAUAGUGGGAAACUUAGAGGGCUACAUAGAGGGCAUCAUAGUGGGCAUCAUUGUGGGUAUCGUAACAUAAAAAAAACAAAACAGGUUGCCUUGCUUUGCAUUGAUUUCACGUAUCACGUAUCACGCACUUUUUUUUUACAACGAAUACUUGAUUGUGCUUUACACCUGUCUACUUUAACACCUGUAUCUGUUGGUACACAAAUCAUGCAUCUCAUCGUGUCACAAGACAUUCACCUUGUCAUUAGCAUACCUGUCACCGUGAUGUUCAUUUGCAUUUAGCACUAAAUCAUACUGCCUUAUUUUGCCCCCCAGGGGUCUGGGGGAAGGGGCGCGGGGAAGGGGGCUGUCUGCCAAGGGCGGCACUUUUUUUUAUUGAUAGGGAAGGGCGUCAUUUUCGGACAUCUGCAGGGGGGCGGCUAAAUGACUGGCCCGCCCCAGGGGCCACUGAAGCUAGCUAACUCACUGUUCCCAUCAUCACGCCGCCCUUCCCAGCCCUGUUUUAUGGAAUAAGCAAAAAGAAGAGAGCUGGUCUGCUACAGCAGGGAACACCACACCACAGCCCGCGGGCCGUAUUGGGCCCGCGACGUCAGUUCAUCAGGCCCGCCGACUGUACUUGAAUGUGUACGGUCUUUAGUAUCAAAAACUUUCAAAACUAAAAAAAAAAAUAUUUCAAAGUAUUAAGGUAUAUAGUAUAACAGAGCAAACUUUAAUUAAAAAAAUUAAAUACGCAAACAACUUUCCCUCUUUAGUAUUUUCUGAGCUAAAAAUGUUCAAAGUAAGACUGCGUUUGUCCCUUGUUAACACUGACCGCAUCUCCACGUUCUGUGACCCAUACCGGUGUUUGCGUCAUAAGCUAUAUAAUUCUCGUUUUAAUGAUAAUUUCAUAAGACUUUUACUUUCAGAGAUAAUGCUGUAUUUAAAAAAAUGUUGUUUUAAUAAUGUUACGCAAUUAUAAUUAAUUUGUAAAUUAUCUAACCAUGCACUAUAAUGGUCAGUAAAUUCAAUAUAAUAUUUAUUAAUAUAUAGCUGUUUACCAAAACUACAGCAUUCAUUAUACCUGUAUGUGCUGUGUGGUCUAUAUAAGGCAAGGUAUCCCCUUAUUACUAAAAUCGAAGUGGCUAUUCGGACCCGGGUCCGAGACGUUAGAGGUUGGGAUUAAAAUUUAAAAAAAAAAAUUAUUGUUGGGUUAAACUUAAGAAAAUUUUAACAAACAUAUAGUCCAUUCAAUUAUCUUUCAUUUGAUACCAAAUUUUGUCUUACUUAUAAACUAAAGCUUUCCCUGGCCAAUGGUUUAAUAGUUUUUUUGCACACGGCAAACUCUUAUGAAUGAAGCUCUCAAAUAGUUCUACGGCAUAGCAAAAUUAUACAAGGGGCUGUGAAUAUUUGCCCAUGACAGCAUUUUGCACACGGAAAAUUAUGAUAAUUUAUAAUAUGGGCUCUACCGUGUCUUUCAAGCACAAAUUAAAAUAUUCAAGUGUAAAUGUCUACAAAAUGCGUGUUACAAAAAACAUGGCAUGAGCGAGGAAGUGUCUGGUGGGGCAGUUAAGGACUUAGUUGGAAGAUUCGCAGAUUCCGGGUGCUCUGCUCAUACACUGCAUCAUACAUCAGCAAGCACUGUGUGGGAAAGAUUUAGAUAUUUCUUGUGUACCGCCGAAAGCAGUCGUUUCUCUGUGAACUUUAUUUCGGGGACAUGCACUCAGUCACCGUAAGUUCCAGGCUCUUCUUGAAGAGAUUGACUCUGAAUUCUGGGACUUGCCUUAUCACACAGCAGUGAGGUGGCUCACCUGCGGUAAAGUCCUGUUUCGUUUUUACAUGCUCCGAAACGAAAUAGAUGUUUAUCUCACUGAAAAAAAAAAAAUGGAGCUGAUCCAUAGCUGUCAGGUCCUAUCUGGCUGUCAGAUCCUACCUGGCUGUUAGAUCUUACCUGGCUGUCAGAUCCUACCUGGCUGUCCAAGUUGUCAUUUUGGUCGACAUCACAACCAACGUGAAUGAAAUGCACUUGAAACUUGAAUAAGCAUUUUGUGGAGAGAUUUUUUAGCGCUUGGCAGAAUUGAGAGUGACAUUCUUCUGUUCCAGAAUCCGUUUGAUUGUAACCUCGAUGAUGUGCCAGUUGAACUACAGUCGGAGCUCAUUGAUAGGCAAGCAAAUGACUUGUUGAAAGAGAACCACAUAGAAGGUAAACGUGUUGAAUUAUACCGCUAAUUACCUGAUGUUGAGUUUCUUAAACUGGAGCAAUUUGCCGCUGGUAUGGCAUCCGUGUUUGGAACAACUUAUGUCUGCGAGCAAAUAUUUUCAAAAAUGAAGUAUGAGAGGUCAACAGAUCGAACGAGAGAGACUGAUGAACAUUUGAAAGCAAUUAUUUUGUUGAUUGUGUGCAGCAAUUGCAAACCAAACAUUGAUGACAUCAUGAAAGCCAAUCGUCAGUUUAACAAAUCUCACUAACCUUUUUUGCUGCUUAGUUUGUGAGACUCGGUACGCACUAGGUCUGAUGUAACUAUCUUUUUUGCUGCUUAGUUUGUGAGACUCGGUACGCACUAGGUCUGAUGUAACUAUCUUUUUUGCUGCUUAGUUUGUGAGACUCGGUACGCACUAGGUCUGAUGUAACUAUCUUUUUUGCUGCUUAGUUUGUGAGACUCGGUACGCACUAGGUCUGAUGUAACUAUCUUUUUUGCUGCUUAGUUUGUGAGACUCGGUACGCACUAGGUCUGAUGUAACUAUCUUUUUUGCUGCUUAGUUUGUGAGACUCGGUACACACUAGGUCUGAUGUAACUAUCUUUUUUUUGCUAACAUCGCCUUCUUUAUACGAUAACAUUUUUAGUAAAUUAAUAUGUUGGUUGUCUUUUUGCAUUGCUCGCCACUCACCCAUGAAUCACACGGAAUUCUAAACUUAGUUUUUCGUCUUUUAUUCCCAGAGCUUUCGUUCUGGCUUGUAAGUACUGUACAGAAUGAUUAUGUGGCCUACGCUCGUCAUUUUCUCAGUUCUCCGGCCCACUGUGAAAAAAGUUACGUGACCUCUGUGCUAAAGGGCACAAGCGGAUGAAAAGAGAACUAAUUAUUUGUGUCAACAUGUAGAGUUCAGCUCGUUGUUACAACAAGAGAGAGAGAGAGAGGGGGGGGGGGGGGUUAGGGCAUCUCUGUUUUUCGCUAAAAGCUGGCUGUAAAUAUUAGGGGAACAACUUCAUGUUACAUUAAAAUGCGGGCACAAUGUGAAAAACGAAUUGUUUAAAAAAAAAAAACCUCCAAAAGAGAACUAAUUAUUUGUGUCAACAUGUAGAGUUCAGCUCGUUGUUACAACAAGAGAGAGAGAGAGAGGGGGGGGGGGUUGUUAGGGCAUCUCUGUUUUUCGCUAAAAGCUGGCUGUAAAUAUUAGGGGAACAACUUCAUGUUACAUUAAAAUGCGGGCACAAUGUGAAAAACGAAUUGUUUAAAAAAAAAAAAACCUCCAACAGGGGCGCAGGAAAAGGGGGUGAGGAUAGGAAGCGGUCCGCCCCGGGUGGCACAUGAUUUUCUUUAUAUAGAGGGGAGGCAUUUUCAUCCUAGGGCUUUUAUCAUGGAAGCGUGGCGACACAGUUAUUGGCACGCCCGGGGUGACAUUAGUGUUAAUUACGCCAUUGCCCACAAAUGAUCCUUGAAACUUGGAGUUUGUGCCUUACGAGAUGUCUUCAGAUUCAUUACACUGUAAUCCAUCCUAUUGUUUGAAAAGCCAAUGAGCUGUAUAAAAGGGAACUGAGAAAGAAAAGCGUUUGAAGACAUAACACAGCUGAACAGCCCGAUAAACCAGACAACCGAUUAGAAGACUAUUGCUUGUAUCCAGUGACUCCACGUAUCCAGUGACUCCACGUAUCCAGUGACUCCACGUAUCCAGUGACUCCACGUAUCCAGUGACUCCACGUAUCCAGUGACUCCACGUAUCCAGUGGACUCCACGUAUCUAGUGACUCCACGUAUCCAGGGCCGUCACGAAUCCAAGGGCCGUUGCGUAUCCAGGGCCGCCACUUAUCCAGAGUUGUCACAUAUGCAGGGCCGUCAAUUAUCCAGAGCCGUCAUGUAUCCAUAGCCGUUGCAGGGGGGCCUCGAAAACAUCACGUGAUUUAGCUUUGGCUCGUAUCUACUGACUGGAAUCUAAUAAAUAACUGUGCUAGCUAAAUCUUGCUUAGAAGGGCGAGUUAAAUUUCAUUAGGACAAUAUCAGCUCAUCAUUGUUACCAACCAACUGCUCAGUUUAAAAAAAAAAGCGCGUAGUUCUGAUCUUUAUUUAAUUGUAUGGAUUCUCAGUGGCGUCACUAGAGGGGAGGUUGUGGACCGCACCGGGUGACACCAAACCUAGUGAUGAUGCCUCUGUAGAUCCUGUAUGAACUCUUUCCAUGCAACCAAACCCAAAAAGAGACAUGUAGUGAAAGAAAUGUGAACUGUCACAAUCCAAAAGGAAUAUGCGAGUCCUAACUAUGAUAUUUUCUGUUUCAUUUCUGUUUGCAAAAUAUUUUUGUCCUAUUUUUUUUUUCUUUAGAUCCCAAUCAUGGCGAUGUUGGAGAAUUAGAGAGAGAGCUUAGGUCACAGCCUAGACUUCAGUCGAUUCCUCAUGUGGAUUACUUUCAGAACUUCAGUCGGUUGUGCAGCUUAGAGAAUCGACAUUACCCGGCGGUAUGUAAAAAUAGACAAAUUUGAAAACCAGUGUGUACGUGACGCUCUAUCGUCUGUAAAAAGUGGCAAAACAAACAAAAUAAUUUAUCUGGAGGUGUUAAAAUUUGUAUCAAACUGCAUAAUAUAAGGCUGUCUGAGACUAUCUCCCUUUAUUUUCUUAUUUUUUUUUUUUCUUACGACUUGCUUGAGAGGCAUUUUUAUUUUUGCCUUUCCUACAUUAAAACGUAUAUUUUGAUUUCAGGAACCCAACAACCCAAAGAUUGUGUGCAGGUACAGGGAGGCUGUUCUGCCUUACUAUCGUUUCAAGGAAGAGAUUCUGUCCUUGGCGCCGUUUGCCUCAGUUAUCUACAAUGUGGUCAGCGAUCAAGAGAGCGAUCAUUUAAAGAAUUUUGUAAAGAAUAGGGUGAGUAGGCAGAAGAACUAACUGACUUCUCAUUCGUAAGAAGGAGUAGAACUUGAUGACUUCCCAUUCGUAAUCGUUAAAAUUACAUUUAAAGAAAUAUUGUUAAAAUAAUAAUAUAUUAAUGAUAUAGGACUUGUUACUUUUAAAAAGAUAAUAAAAACUAAAUGACUUGGCCUUGGUCACUAUUGUUGUCAUGGGGCGUUGACUGCAAGGGAUAUUCUUUAUUGUGAAAUUUGGUUUGAAAAAAAAAAGUAAUUUCUUUUAAACAAAACCUUUUGAGAACUGUAUUAUCAACUCAACUUAGUGUCAUGUAUAAAGAGAUGUAACAUUAUUUGGAUAUUUAAUAUUCAAUAUGUGGAAAUAAAGAUCCUCCAUGGUCCAUAGAAUACAUACAAUUUAUUUUAGGUAUUUUUUUCUAAAAAAUAAAAUAGUAUACGUUGUUAAAAAUUAAUAAUAAUUCCUUUCCAGUACUCACAUAUAUAGACGAUCGGUUGAAAGAAAGACUUGCUAACAUUGAAAUAGUGAUAUAAGUGUAAAAUAGGUUUCACAUGUAGGCUAUUAAAAAAAAUAAUAAAGGAAUUAUUCUGAAAAAGAUAAAUUAUGGAGUUUGUUACAGUCUGAUCCAUUUUUAUGUCUCUGCAGCUAGAGAGGGGAAAAGUUGGAGGAGACAACUCUACUGUCUCGGAAAUUAGAACAAGUGAUCUGUACGUUAUUCAUUUGAUUGCCUUUUUAAUACUUUUAUUCACUUAACCAAGACAUGCUAUUAAUGUUGAGUCCUUUGUUACGAAUUUAUCUACAGCCAUUUAAGGUGAAGAUGUUAAUUGUCAAUGACGAGUCAGGAAUUCAUAACAUAUUGUACUAUGACUAUGAAAAACAAAUUUAAUGCCAUAUAUAUGAUUAUUUGAUAGUCGAUUUGUUAGUAAAUAUAACUAAGUCAAUUGAUAAAAAUAGUGAGUCUCCGUCUGAGUGUGAAUGAGAAUGACAUCAAUUUUCAAUAUGACACAGUCACAGGUGAACUGUAAAAUAUUAGCAGCCUUUAUUCACCCCAUCCCACCUUUUAUUUGGCCAAACAUUUUUAAAAAGAGCCAUAAGAACUUAAUUAUAAUACAUUUUGGCUUCAUGUCAUGUACUGUACAAUACUGUACAUACUUACACUUACAAAUUACAAUAUAUAGCUUACUGAACUGUUACUGCAAGAUCUUUACUAACUAACUCAUCACAUACUGUUAUUUUUAUGAUGGUUUUAAUCUUGUUUAUGUUAAUUAUGUCAGCGCUUGGAUAUGGGACAAUGAAUCCCAGCUGGCCAGAUCAAUGGCAAAAAGGAUAGAAUGUAUCACAGGACUAGAUACAUCUCAGAGACUUCCUGAUGGUCCAUCAUCAGGUGAAGCUUUUCAGGUAAACAUUUUUGCCAACUGAAUAGUAAAUACUAAUAGGUAUUGGUUGCACUGAUAUACUUUUCAUGCGUGGAUCAUGAAAAAAAAAAAAGGAGCACCCAAAGAAUUAUUUAUGAUUGUUAAUCAUAAAGGAUUUAAAUUUAAUUCCUUGAUUGCCUCAUUUUUUUCAUAAAUCCUAUAUUUUAGCAUAAUAAUGAGAAAGGGAUCAGCCUAUGAUUAUGGUAAUAGACAUGAUAUAUGUAAGAUUAGUUGGUAAAUUUAAUCUGCUGCACUUAUCUUUUAAUGUGUGGGACAGGUUGUCAACUAUGGUCUUGGUGGACACUAUGAAGUACACAUGGAUCCUUUUGAUGUAAGUAUUUACUGAAUAUCUAUACAGAGCAUCUUGACGACAUUUAUUACCAAUUUUUAUUGUAAAUAAUUUUUUUUUUGGUGUAAAAAUAAAUACAUUCUUUAGCGUAUGGUCUAUGAAUAUUAUAUGAUUAAAAAAAAAGGAUGGCAAAUUUAACAGCUUAAUUUUUAAAUGACAAUUGGUAUUGAAAAAAAAAUUUGUUUGAAAACUUUGAUUAGAAUUUUUAAGAGAGGUUUCUGCAAAAUAAAAAAAAUUAAAAAAUAAAUAAAAACUAAACUGCUUUGAUAUGUCAUGACAUUGGGCAUAUCUUAACCAAAGUCUAUCCUGCAUGAAAUAUUUUAAUGUGCCAAAAAGGAAAAAAGUUUCCUUUGAAUAUGUUGUUCUUUUCUUUAACAACCUUUUUUGCAUUCAAUACCAUAUUAUUUGUUAAGUCUAAAAAUUCUCAUUAAUGGAAAUAAAUGAAAUUUUUAGAGUCUAUAAAAAUCCUAUCACUUAAAACUUUGUGAUUAUCAACCUAAAAAUUAUUUGAUUUCUCGUGACAGGAGCCACCUAAACAGGCAGAGCUAAAGGAUUCAGGGGAAAGAAUAGCCACAUUUCUUAUCUAUGUAAGAGUCUACUUAAAAACUUAUAAAAAAUCAUUAUGUAAAAGUCUACUUAACAACUCAUAAAAUCACCAACUCGUUCCUCUAUAAUUAUUAUGAAAUUUGAAAUACAAAACUUAGCUAUAUUAUAUAAAUUAGAAAGAAGGAAAAAUACUAACAGUCUUUCAUUUUUAAAAAUUUAAAUCUCACAUCCUUGUGAGUGACUCAGAUGGUAACUACUCAAGAAGGAACAUGACGCCUUUUAAAGAACGCACAAGGUCUGAAAAGUUGCAACCUGUGUGUUGGGUAUUAGGAGAUAGAAAGAGAUUCAUCCCAUCAUGUUUCUAAAUUGAAUCUACUUUUUAAUGAAUGUUUUUAUUCAUUUUGUCCAAAAUCUUCAUCAAUGGAAAUUUAUUAUAGUCAUGAGGAGAUGAUUGUUGUUGAUUUUUUUGUUUAGUAAGCUUUGAUAAGACUUCUAUACUCUAAAUAUGAGAUGGGGGCUUGGUCAUAGGUUAGCUCAGGACUCAUAUUCAAAGAAGCCUGAAAUUUACAUGUGGACUUAAAUUAUGAAUAAUGUGUUUCCUAAUACAAGUUUAGAACUUGACAGACUUGACAUAUAGUUUUUCAGCUUAGUUAUAUUAAAACUAGAAUUUGAUAGCAAACAAUAUAUCUAUUGUAAUAUCUAAAAUAAGACAAGACACAUUAAUCUUUUUUACCAAACUGAGUUUGAAAACCGGGACAAAGAUUCAAACCAGGGGGAACAAAGCUGCUGGACCAGGAUGAUCCUAGUCAAACCAGGACGAAUGGUAUAUGCGUUUUAUCAUUAUCCUUAUUAAAAUAAUCAGAUCUGUUUCUGUUUUAGUUAAGUGAUGUACAGAGAGGAGGCUCAACAGUAUUUACUAGAGCUGGGAUAUCUGUUGCACCAAUGAAGGUAAGUUUGUAAAAAAAAAAUUAUAGUCUCAUUAAGUUGAGAGUAGCAUAACAUUCAGUUUGUGGAAAUAAUUUGACUCAGCCUUGCUAAGAGAUCAAAAUCUCUUGUAACAUAAUCCCUGUUUGAGCCGAAUAAAAUAAGCUUUUACUUUUUUUUGAAGCACACCGAAAUAGUGUGAAAAAUAUAAGAGCACUUAUAUAAACUUACAUAUAUAGUUUCUUAAAAAUCAUGUUUAGAAACUUGUUUUUUGAAAAGCUACAUUCAGGUGGCAAAGCUGAUCACCAAUUGAAAUGAGCUGAAAGAAAAUUUUGACUAGAUUAAGAAAUGGUUGUAUUAUUAAGACCCCCCCCCCCCCCAAAAAAAAAAAAAAAAAAAAUUUUUUUUUUUUAUUUUUUAACCCCCCCCCCCCCCCCCCCCAAAAAAAAAUAAAAAAAAAUUGUUUUUUUUUCUGUACCUAGUUAUUUGCUAUUUUAAUGUAUUAAUUAUGUUUGUAAAAAAAGUUUACAAAAUAUAGAAAUGUGAAUUCAUGCAGCUUUAACGUAAGAAAUAAUGUAAGAAAUAAUAUUUUUUUCAUGUAAAAAAUUAUCACUUAGAAUUAUUUAAUGUAAAAAAUAUCAUUUAUUUAAUUUAACCUUUUUUGAAUUAAAAUGGGAAAUGUCACAAUGUUUGUUGUAAAUUAAAAAAAAAAAUUUGAGAUAGAGGAUAUAUGCCAGUCGUUUCAUAACUGUGGGAUAAUGUACCCCUCUAUACCUCAUCUGUACGCCCUCUUUACCCCAUUCUUAAAAAUGAUAUAGCCAAAUUUAGAUACAUAUACAGGCUUUCAUAAACACUUAACAUUUAGGGAGCUUAUUUUCACCCAGUCAUUUCUAUAACUCCCCACUGAGACAACUUCUGACCCGGGGGGGGGGGGGGGGGAAGGAUGGGAACUGCUAGUAUUUAUUUACAUCAUACCACAAUAAAUUGACUCUUGAAACUGGAUAUUUUGUCCUGUUUCAACAAUGUCAUACAUUUUACUGAACAAUGCAAUUCUUGACAUCUCACCUAGAACAUGGCCUUGAUGUGGUACAACUAUGAUCCUGCACAUCAGAGGGAUGAUUUGACACACCAUGCCGGCUGCCCUGUUUUGAUUGGUCAGAAGUGGAGUGAGUUGGAACUGUUCUCCUUUGAUCUAGUUUAAAGUUAAAAAAUAAAAUCUGAUUAAGAGUUUUUAUCAAUUUGCAUAGCAUGAAUAUUGACAGUUCUUAGGAUCAAUGAGAGAAUCUUAUAUUAUCCUAUCUAAUCUGAAAAAGUCCAGAAACACUUAAUUAUUAAUUAUCUUUCUUUCCGCCUGAUUGUUUAUUUAUUGGAAUUAAAGCUGAGAUGCCUUUUGGAGUUGAUUAAGUUGUAUAACUUGCCUACUUAUCCAUUUUACCCGCCUGGGUCACAGGCAAUCUACAAGAAUUUUCCAUUCAUUUUGGUCCUUUGCCUUCCUAUGCAGUUGCUUUCAUGUGUAUCUUAUACUUUGUGUGUCUGCUUCUAAUUUGAGUAGCCGUGUGUUGUCUGGCCUUCAUCUCUCUUCCCUUGUGGAUGCCAUUUUAGAGAUUGUCUGGUUGGUUUUGUCAUGUGUGGGGGGGGGGGGGGGGUGUUUACAAAGAUUGUGACCUACUCACCUCACAAAAAAUUUCAACAUUAUCUCUGUAAAACAGACCCUGUGUUUCACAAACACCUUUUUGAUUGUCUGUAUUGCAGUUUGCAACAAAUGGAUAUGGACAUAUGGCAACACAUUUCGCAGACGAUGUGGUCUUACCCCUGGUGCUACGCAGCUGGAAAUUGAACCAGAUAUGAAAAGAGGAUACUUAUAACACACCAAAAUAUUUGUUUUAAUCUGAAUGUGAGCUGAUUUAAGGAAUAUUUAGGAAAUAUUUAAAGAAUAUUUCUUGGGGAGGGAAAGAGCAAGACAAGAUAACUUUUACAAGCUUUAUCAUUCCAACACUCCAAGGUCAAAUUGAAGGAUAUUUUCAAUAAUAUUUGUUCAGCAUAAUUAUAUUAAAAAAAAUGUUUUUAGCCAAUUUUUAUAUUGUUAUUUAGAAUGAGACAAAUUAAUUAAUGUUUUUUUUUUUUUUGAAAAAGCUUUACACAAAUUUUUUUCUUUUUUAAUUUUUUUUUUAAAUUAUAUUUUUUCCCUUUAGGAAGGUUUUUUAAAAAAAGUUUUUAGCCAAUUUUUAUAUUGUUAUUUAGAAUGAGACAAAUUAAUUAAUGUUUUUUUUUUUUUUUGAAAAAGCUGUACACAAAUUUUUUUCUAUGUUAAGUUGAUUUUUAAAGUAGAUUGCUUCCCUUUAGGAAGGUCUUUUAAAAAAAUACUUUCCAGGAUAUUUUCUUUAAUGUUUAAAAAAAAAAAGGGAUUGUUUAUAUAAAUUUUAACCAUAUCAUUAUGGUAAAUGACUCCCAUAAAACUGUGCCUACAUAGUCACGUGUGUCUACAUAAAUUCACUGUUUAUGUGUUCAAGGCUUUAUGUCACAAUUUUGAAUAAAAUUCUUGAUGUCACUUUUCACAUUUUUGUGAACUGCUAUGCCAAAUUCAAUUGCAUUCUGACAUUCAGUUUUGAAGUCAGUUUACAAUAAGAAUAUCUCAGAUGACUGAAGAAAAAUUGGCUGACUUUGAAAGGCAUAUUUUUUUAAAGAUUUAGAUUUAUUUUAUUUAUUAAUAUUUUUUUUUUAAGGCAAGACAAUGGUGAGAUUUAAAAUGGUCUUUUGACAAAGGCUACAGUAAUUAUUUGUGAAUAAAUUUUAGUUUGCCUUACAUCUUUUAAUAAUCUCUCAUUCUGAUUAGCUUUGGUUACAAACAUUAUUUUUUUAAUAACUUAAAAUAUGCAACAUGUUUUAUUGGCCUAUCGUUCAUUAAUUUAAUUUUUUUUAGUAAGUGAAGAUAUUUAAUUAUUUAAUUAAAAUAUUUAUUCACAUUGGCUAAUGAAUUGUAAAAUCAUAAAACCAUAUAUUUCUUACACUGCAAAUAAGAAGUAUUUUCUACUGCAAUUUGUAAAAAAUGAAAUGUUGAACACACUUUAUCCCUUCUAGUGGUUAAUUUUCCUACAUAAUGUACUUAUUAUUUGGAAUGUGAUGCACUUAUAUUUGCUUAUGUUUUUUUGAAUUCCAUUUUACAAAAGAUUUUAUGAGUGUUUCCAGUUGAUGCUGUGGGUAAUUGAUGCAAGGAAUGAUAAUAUAUAAACAGCUGUCUAAAGGUUGUUUUGAAUUAAAUAAUAUAAUUUUUGUAGAUUUGUUUGUUAAUAUGAAUAUACUGGAUUAAAGACAGGAUUUUAGGUCUUUGAAUACAAGGGUAGGCAUUUUAUAUAGUAUUUAAGAACUUCUGUUCAAGGACAAAAAUUAUUGUAGAAGAUGUUUAAACUCAAUGUAAUUGUUCAUGAGUGGCCAGGGAAAAGAUGCCUAGUAGAGAUUACGCUGACAGGUUUAGUAAUAUAAAAAAUGACUACAGACAACCAGUAAAAGAACUUUGCAGAAAUUUUGUUUGGCAGACAAUUCUUCUCUGACUUAUUGACUUGACUUUGUCAAAAUAAGAGCAUUAUAUAAUGCAAUUCUUUGUUUAUUUUUGUUUUAUAUUUAAAAUCACGUUUUACUCCUGUCUUUUUGUGGAGUAGUUUCUUGUUAUGUGUCAUUUACCUGAUACAUUUUCCCCUUAAUAUUAAACAAAUAGUAAGGCAAGAGGUUCCCAGAGUAUUUUAGGUUACAGCGUCAUUGUUUCAUUAAGGUAUUCCCAUGGCGACUUAUCUUUAACAAUUACAUUGCAAGCUUUUCACUUCACGUGCAGAUGUUAGGAAGCACUUGCUGCCCAGCAAACCGUGGAACACAAUUUGUAAAACUUUGCUUUAGGUUAAUUAUUUUUAUUUAAUAAAUUGUUAUAAUUCAGUUUGGCUUAUUUUUGUUUUUGAAAUUGUCAGAAAAAUGCAGUAGAGAAUAAAUUUGAAAGGA